AAAUGAAACAGGAGUUUUAAAAUUUGAGAACUCAUCAUGGAGGACUCAGAAGGACAUCGCUUCAGCUCAGUGGAAGAGGAAACCAGAUACUGGAAAGAGCUGGCUAUGAAAUACAAGCAGUGUGCUGAGAAUACACAGGAGGAAUUGCGUGAAUUCCAAGAAGGGAGUCGAGAGUAUGAAGCUGAACUGGAGACUCAGCUGCAGCAAACAGAGUCCAGAAACAGAGACCUUCUGUCAGAAAACAAUCAUCUACGAAUGGAACUGGAGUCACUUAAGGAAAAGAUUGAAAUGCAGCAUUCAGAAGGAUACAGACAAAUCUCUGCGCUGGAAGAUGACUUGGCACAGACAAAAGCUAUUAAAGAUCAACUUCAGAAAUACAUUCGAGAACUCGAGCAAGCAAAUGAUGACUUGGAAAGAGCAAAAAGAGCUACUAUAAUGUCUCUGGAGGAUUUUGAACAGCGUUUAAACCAGGCUAUUGAAAGAAAUGCUUUUCUGGAGAGUGAGCUGGAUGAGAAAGAAAACCUUCUGGAGUCUGUGCAGCGCCUGAAAGAUGAAGCUAGAGAUCUACGACAAGAGCUUGCAGUGCAGCAGAAGCAGGAGAAGCCCAAAACACCGAUGCGAACUACCCUGGAAACAGAAAGAACAGACACUGCGGUUCAAGCGUCCUUAUCUGUGCCUUCAACUCCCUCAGUGCACCGGCCAUCCAACAUCAACGUACCCACCCCUGGAACAUUUAGGAGAGGUCUUGAGGACAGUUACAGUGCAACCCCUCUUACACCUGCUGCAAGAAUAUCUGCACUUAACAUCGUGGGAGACUUGCUGCGAAAAGUGGGGGCUUUGGAGUCCAAACUUGCAUCUUGCCGAAACUUUGUGUAUGACCAGUCUCCAAGCAGAACCACAGUGUCCAUGUACAUGAACAGAGAUGUCCUUGAAACACGCCUGAGUCCUCAUCAGCCUCUGUGUGAUACAGGGUUAGUGAAACGCCUGGAUUUUGGAACACGGCCUUCAAAUAUUCUGGGACCAAUGAGCCAUCCCUCGCAAAGUGUUGUCAAGAUGCUACUUUGA